GAUAUAUCGGCGAAUACACGAGGCAGACGCGAAGAAGGGGAUGUGGAACUCUCAGAGAUGCCCUCCAUGCACGACGACACCGCAGCUAAUGCCCCACUCAUCAGCCAGGGAGAAGACGCCGACAAUGUACACCAUGUACCUGCGGUGACAGUACAACACUCGGGUAACACCUUUAUCUGGGCUCUCACAAUCUCGGCCUGUGUUUCCGGACUUCUGUUUGGCUACGACACCGGCGUCAUAUCUAGCACGCUCAUCUCGAUCGGUACAGACCUCUCCUCGCGGCCUCUGACCAACCUCGACAAGGGUUUCGUCACUUCAUGUACAAGUUUCUUUGCCCUCGUGGCGAGUCCGAUUGCUGGAGUGUUGGCAGACAAGAUUGGGAGAAAGAAUAUCAUCCUGUUCGCAGAUGCUCUGUUUACGUUCGGUGCGCUGUGGCAGGCUUUCACAAGUUCAAUCUGGGGCAUGAUUCUGGGCCGGAGUGUUGUCGGCCUUGCAAUAGGCGGUGCAAGUCUUAUUGUGCCUCUGUAUAUAUCUGAGCUUGCUCCAAGCCAUCUCAGAGGCAGACUUGUGACGGUGUCUCUGCUUUUCAUCACGGGCGGUCAAGUGGUGGCAUAUCUAGUCGGAUGGGCGUUCUCUACGAUGCCCGGUGGCUGGAGAUGGAUGGUCGGGCUCGGCUCGGUGCCCGCGGUCGCACAGAUUGUGAUGCUCUUCUUCAUGCCUGAGACGCCCAGAUAUCUGGCAAAGAUAGAGAAGGAGUCCGAGGCUCGCGCCGUUCUUGCAAAGGUGUAUCGAGGUAUGGUACCAGAUACCACCGACCUUGUGGACGAGACGAUCCUGGCCAUCAAGAAGGAGAUCAUGGAUGAGGAAGAAGCGCAUGUUCAGCUCAAGGGCUCCGAUUCCGGAUCCUGCGUGCCACCUACUCUACAAUCCCUCCUGCUGCACCCACCACAUGCGAGAGCGCUCGUGAUUACAUGCACCUUACAAGGUCUGCAACAGCUUUGCGGCUUCAACACUUUGCUCUAUUUCUCCGCCACCAUUUUCCAGAGACUACACUUCUCUUCGCCCACGUUGACGGCCCUGAGUGUUGCUGGCACCAAUUUUCUGUUCACAAUCGCCGCAUUCAAUUUGAUCGACCGCGUCGGACGCAGACGGAUAUUACUGAUCACAAUCCCUAUCAUGGUCCUGGCGCUUCUACUCUGCGCCGGCGCCUUCGCCUACAUACCAACCGCCCACCAGGGCCAACUCAAAGCACCAGCAAACGGUCCAGGCACUGGUUCGAGUAGUCCAUUACCUGCUAUUGGAAUUCUGGUCGCCAUACUUCUCUACGUCUCCUCCUACGCCACGGGUCUCGGACCGAUCCCGUGGCAACAAUCCGAAUUAUUCCCACUGAGCGUUCGGUCCCUGGGAUCCAGCCUUGCAACUGCAACGAAUUGGGGUUGCAAUACGGUUGUCGGUCUGACCUUUCUGCCCAUGAUGGACCUGUUGAGCCCGCAAUGGACAUUCGUAUCUUACGCUAUCAUAUGCGCGUUGGGAUACGUGGUAAUAUGGCAUAUAUAUCCAGAGACCAUGGGGUUGAGCCUGGAACAGGUUGGAGAUUUGCUCAAGGAUGGCUGGGGAGUCCAGGAGAGUAUGGAUAGGUUGAGGCGUAUGACAUCUAGACGCACAAUGGGAUAGGUUAUCGCUUUUAUAGACAUAGAGUAGAGGGGAGCAGCUCAUCACAGAUUGCAAUUCUUCCG